UCUGCCUCUCAGUGUUUUAGUUGGACCCUCAACACAACCAGUUGAAGCCGUUUCUACAAUGGGAGACUCUUUCAUCAUAGCUAUAGACUUUGGGACUACAUACAGCGGGUAUGCCUUCAGUAUAACCUCCAGAGGCGAAAAAAUUGAUCCUUAUUUGAAGGUCUGGGGUGAAGAAGUUGGCCUGGAAACCCCGAAGACUCCGAGCUGCAUCCUUUUUGAUAAACAACAAGAGUUUGUGAGCUUUGGUUACGUAGCAAAGGAAGAUUACCUUUCAAAAAAGGGCCAAGAAGCGAGAGACAUGUUGUUCUUUGACUGCUUCAAGAUGGCGCUCUAUGGCAAUGAAAUCAACAGAGAUCUGAUGAUCAAAGCAGCCAAUGGGAAGUCAAUGAAGGCACUGAAGGUUUUUGCAGAAGCUCUGAGAUUCCUGAAGUAUGAUGCUUUGGAAACCAUCAACUCCAAUGCAAAAGGUAAAAAGUUCAUUGCCUCUGACUUCACCUGGGUCCUGACGGUUCCUGCCAUCUGGGAUCCUUCAGCUAAACAGUUCAUGAGAGAAGCUGCAAUGCAGGCAGGCAUUGUGUCAGAGGGAAAUGAAGAUAAACUGGUCAUUGCACUGGAACCAGAAGCUGCUUCAGUCUGGUGUAAAAAGCUUCCAGCUGAAGGUUUCAUCAAACAGAACAUCAGCAGAAACACCCUGGACCAGUCUCCAGGAACUCAGUACAUUGUCGUUGAUUGUGGAGGUGGAACCAUUGACAUCACUGUUCAUGAAGUCCUGGAAGGAGGAGCCCUAAAGGAGCUGCACAAGGCCUCUGGAAACGACCUGGGAGGACAAAAUGUGGACAGAAAAUUUAAACAGUUCCUGAGAGAAAUAUUCUGUGAUGGAGUCUGGGACAAAUAUGAACAAAACUACCCUGGAGAAGUUCAGAAAAUAAUGUAUGACUUCACACUUUUCAAAAAGGGGGAUAGAGAUGUAGAAAUCACCUGCUCACUUAACUUGGGAAGAUUGGUUCCAGCUGAAAAGGAUAUUGAAGAGUUCCUUGAAGGAGUUCAAGGAGCUUCCUGGGAUGAAGGAUCGAUCAGAAUCUCCAGAGAGAAGCUAAGAUCGUUCUUUGACGAGAGUCUGCAGGGGAUCGUAAAGAGUCUAGACAAUAUUUUAAGAAGAGGUUACAGAAUUGGGUACAUUCUGUUAGUCGGCGGUUACGCUGACAGCCAGAUUCUAUGGAGACACAUUACUGAAGAGUACAUUGGUGAAUGUGAAGUUCUGUGUCCAUUUAGGCCACAGGAAGCAAUCCUGAAAGGAGCUGUGAUGUUUGGGAGAAACCCAGCAGUUAUAACAUCCAGAAAAAGUGCCUUCACUUAUGGGCUUGCUGUAGGCGAAAGGUUUGAUGCGUCAAAACACAGAGCAGACAAGAAAUACUCAAACCAAGAUGGUGAGUGGUGCAACGAUAUUUUCAUGAACCUGGUAAAAAUUGAUGAGGAUGUUGGCUGGAACCAAAUCAAAAGCUUUAGCUUGUAUCCAACAAGCUCCACACAAACAACCAUGAGCUAUUAUUUUUAUCGCACAGAACAUAAAAGUCCAAAGUACGUGGAUGAGGAGGGAGUGGAGAAAAUUGGUGGGUUUGUUCUUGACUCACCAAACACUGAACGUGGCAUGAACCGUGAAGCCAAACUGAAUAUCAACUUUGGCUUCACAGAAAUGAAAGCAACGGCCACAGACAUCGAUUCAGGUUCAACUAAAUCUAUCAAACUCGACUUAUGAGGCGGUGAAAGGCUUUGACCUCCUCAUGAAGUCACAAGAACAUCUGGUGGCUUUUAUGGUAAUUCACUGCUGUUUGUCCAAACAGGGAACAAACUGUAAAACAGUGUAAUAGAGAAACAAGGAAUUGUAACAUUAAUUAUACUUUAAAACAAAUAAAUGUAAAAAUCAUCUGUGAUACUGACUUUUGAUCUCUGUAUGUCUGCAAGUCUUGAAAUAA